UGUACUUACACGUGGAAUCCAUGUCCAUCAUGAGAUUGAGAUGAGAAGAGAUGAGUGAUGAGAUGGACUGAAGCAUCAUUGGCACCAACUACCGACGAAAGCAAGGCAUCGAUACCAUCACCAGCACCUCCAGGCCCAACAAAUACUGUAUAGCGACGGCAGGAAAAGAAUACGCGCCCCCUUGAGCCAUGACGGGAGUCCUCACCACUUCAACAGCUUCAAUAUCUCGAACUACGCCGCCACGAUGACGCGCCGCACUUACAACAUCGCCAUGGUCAGUGACUUCUUCUUUCCGCAGCCGGGAGGCAUAGAGUCGCACAUCUACCAGCUCGCCACCAAGCUCAUCGACCGUGGCCACAAAGUCAUCGUCAUCACCCACGCCUACGAUGAUCGCAAGGGCAUCCGUUACCUCACCAACGGCCUCAAGGUCUACCAUGUGCCCUUCUUCAUCAUCUACCGCAACGCCACCUUCCCCACGGUUCUCUCUUGCUUCCCCAUCCUCCGCAACAUCUUCAUCCGCGAGCGCAUCGAGAUCGUCCACGGCCAUGGCAGCCUCAGCAGUUUGUGCCACGAGGGCAUCCUCCACGGCCGUACCAUGGGCUUGCGCACCGUCUUCACCGAUCACUCACUCUUUGGCUUUGCCGAUGCUGCCAGUAUUCUCACCAACAAGCUUCUCAAGUUUAUCCUCAGUGAUGUGGACCACAGCAUCUGCGUGAGCCACACCUGCAAGGAAAACACCGUCCUCCGGGCGUCUCUUGAUCCCCUCAUGGUCUCUGUCAUCCCCAAUGCCGUCGUUGCAGACAAUUUCCGUCCGCGUGACCACCCCGUCUCUUCUCCCCAAGGGCCCAACUUUUCCCUGGAUGCCACGCAUUAUCCCCCUCCCCAGCGCUUCGGCCCUCGCGAUGUCAUCACUAUUGUCGUCAUCUCUCGUCUAUUCUACAACAAGGGAACCGACCUUCUCAUCGCCGCCAUCCCCCGCGUGCUUGAAAACCACCCAAACACGCGUUUCAUCAUUGCCGGUUCGGGUCCCAAGGCCAUUGACCUCGAACAGAUGAUUGAGACCAACGUCUUGCAAGACCGCGUUGAGAUGCUCGGCCCCGUCCGCCACGAGGAGGUCCGCGACGUAAUGGUUCGCGGUCACAUUUAUCUCCACCCCUCCCUGACUGAAGCCUUCGGCACCGUUAUCGUCGAAGCCGCCAGUUGUGGCCUCUACGUCGUCUGCACACAAGUUGGCGGCAUCCCCGAGGUGCUCCCCUCCCACAUGACCACCUUCUCCAAGCCCGAGGAGGACGAUGUCGUCCUCGCGACCGGCAAAGCCAUCACUGCUAUGCGAGCUGGCAAAAUCCGCACGGAAAGGUUCCACGACCAAGUCAAGAAGAUGUAUUCCUGGCAAAACGUCGCCCUGCGCACUGAGCGCGUCUACGACGGCAUCUCUGGUACCCUUCCCGAGGAGGACUUUUACGGCUUUGACCCUACCGGCUACAAUGGCAGCCGCAUCCGCAACUUCACCCUCAUCGACCGCCUUAAGCGCUACUACGGAUGUGGCAUCUGGGCCGGCAAACUCUUCUGUCUCGUCGUCGUUGUCGACUACCUCUUCUUCCUCUUCCUCGAGUGGUGGUUCCCCAGGGAAAACAUCGACAUCUGCCCCGACUGGCCACGCAAGCGGCUCGUUGACGACAACGCCGAUUCCAAGCAAAGCGCGCAUAGUAACAGGUCGAGCACAUCCCAAGGAGGCACAAAGCCCGAAUGAGUAAUGCCUCGUUCGUCGAGUUGACAAACAACCACAUAGAUAGCUAGCAUUUGGGCAAAGACGGCGUUCACGGUUUAUGCAUGGAGAACAGGACUGAAUGGUUUGGGUAGACACAGCCUCUCGUGUAUUGUAUUUAGCGGCAUCGGUGGCGGCGGUUCGGAGG